GGCGGGCGGCGCGGAGGAGGCGGCAGCCUAGCGGUGGCCCCCGCAGGCACCGGGCGCGCCACGAUGUUUGACAGCUCGCAGUAUCCUUACAAUUGCUUCAAUUAUGACACCGACUAUCCGGCGGGCAGCUCCGACGAGGAAAAGCGUCUCACGCGGCCCGCAUACAGCUACAUCGCGCUGAUCGCUAUGGCCAUUCAGCAGAGCCCCGCAGGCAGGGUGACCCUGUCCGGCAUCUACGACUUCAUCAUGGGCAAGUUCCCCUAUUACCGUGCCAACCAGCGCGCCUGGCAGAACUCCAUCCGCCACAACCUGUCCCUCAACAGCUGCUUCGUCAAGGUGCCCCGGACCGAGGGCCGCGAGAAAGGCAAAGGCAGUUACUGGACGUUCGCGGGCGGCUGCGAGUCCCUGCUGGACCUCUUCGAGAACGGCAACUACCGGCGGCGGCGCCGGCGGCGCGGCCCCAAGCGCGAGGGGCCGAGAGGGGCGAGUGCGGGCGGCGCCCAGGGGCCCCCGGCUCCGCCGGAGCCGGCCCGCGCCCAGGGGUCCCCGGCGCUCGGCCGCCAGCCACCUGCCCCUGCCGGCCCGGCUGCCCUGGGGACGGGGGCGCACAACGAUGUCAAGUUCAGCAUAGACUACAUUCUCUCCUCCCCGCACCCCUUCCCUGAGCUCAGGUCACCCCCGCACCGGCAGGAGGCCCAGCAAACGAAUCUCCACUUUUGGACAAUGUGAUAGGGGCUGAGGCUGUCUGCUCCCUGGUGGCUGGCACCCAACCAGCCUGGGUGUUCCUCGUGACAUCGGCCUCACCUCCAGCCGGGCAGUGGGGUUUCGCCCACAGCUUGCCAACGUGUCUCCGCGUCUCCCACUCGGUGCCGGCACAGCCUGGGCUGGAGGGAGGGGAGCUGAGCUCCUUACAGGUACUCGUGAAGCUGGGGCUUCAUCCUUCCGGAAAAAACAAUG